AUGAUAUCAUAUGAUGUAACCAGACCAUGUCGCAACCCACGAUUCAGAAGUUAUUCACCUAAAUUCAAAGUGGAUUGUAGUCGAAAUAUUGUCGCUGAUAACAAAAGAAAUCAAAUAUUCUACAAAAGAAGAGAUCAUUCGUUGAGAAAAGUAAGUUUUUACAACUUAUGCCUAAAUUUACAUUGCAAAGUAGACGUAUGUUCACCUGAAACAUAUUCUUUUUAUGUAAAUUCAAGCACAGCCAAACCUCUUUAGUAUGAAACCCAGGAGUCCAAAACAGGAAUUUACCAAGGUGUUACAAUAUUAAGGGUCACGCUAAAGUUGUUUUACUGUAAUUAGAUCGUAUUUUACAUUCAAUUUUACGUAUUGCUUAAAUAUUUUCACUAAUCACAGGUGCCUGCCUUUACCAUCCAAUCAGAACAAAAGCAUACUCGUCCGUUUACUCCAGCUAAUGCUAAGCCAUCGGCAGUUAACUUGGUAUGUUAUUUUACAAUUUUAAGAGGCUGUGUCAUUUUAUUUAGAGUUGGCUCUUGGGCAUGCACGGUCUGGCCUAGCUCGACCUCUUUAAAAAUUGUUUUGGCUCUAUAGUCGUGGUCAUUCCGAGCUCGGACUGAACCUAGUGGCCGAGGAAAGACCAAGCUAAGCAUAGUAGACCACUACGUACAACUUACUUAAAGCAGUAAGCUAAAAAAGUAUCCAAAUGCUAAAAACAUAAUUUUAGAGUGAAAACGAAGCUCAGUUUUUGAAAUUCUACGAAGAUCAGAGGUUUCCAGUGCGAAUCAUCUCGAAUGGAAAGCCUGGCAUCGAAUGGUUAGUGGACCCAGCUUCGUUGGAUGCCAAUGAAGCUCAACAGGCUUUGAUUCGAUUCUCUUAUGGAUUACCAUUGGAGAAGUCGGUAAGAAAAGAUUUUUUUUUAUAAGUUAGGGUAGUGCUAUUUAACGUAGGACAGGAAAACUAGGAUUACAGCUAUAACUAGGCUAUUUAAAGUGGCAACUAGAAGUCUUAUUAGCAAGGUUAUGAAGUAAUUUGUUUUGUAAAAUACGCGGUUUGCUUUCUAGUAUAUAUUAAAAUAUUUUUUUAAAUUAAAGUGGUAAAAAAUAAAAACUUUAUUUUUAGCCAUUCAACCAUGUAGCUUUGAAAGGAUUUUCGGAUUUAUUAACAGUCGAUUUUGCUCCACAACUUGUCGCUGAAACACUGACUCAAAUUGUAAGUUAAUAUAGAGCUAUUGAGCUCUGUCUUUCAAAACUUUGAUAUGAGCAACUUUUGUAGUAAAAAAGUGAAAUUUCUUGUAGGUCCCAAACAUACGAAAAGGUUUGGAGUCGAAAAAAUACGAAAAACGCGUAGAGAUGCUCCGCGUGAUCCGUCGUCUAGCAACGUUGACUGGCAUCGGACCGUUACUAAUCCCAUUCUAUCGCAAUCUACUGCCUCCGCUUCGUAUGUUUUUUAAUUUUAUAAUCUUAAAUGAUAACAAACAACGCCUUGACGUAUUUUACACAAUUUUUAUCUUUUUUAACAGUACCAACAGAGUAUCAAAAAGUCUUGUCGCUUUUUUGUAUUGUCUUCUGUGUUGAAAAACGACAAGACUUUUUUGAUAACAGUAAAAAUGGAAAUAAUAGUAAAAUUUACUGUGUUUGUCAAAAAGUACAGUAAAGUUAAUUAUAAAGAUUGAAAUUAUAGUAUUAGAUUAUUCAAAUAAUUCUGUGCUCAUUAAAUCUAAAAAUUUCCUUUGAAAAAAACACAAAAUUUUUUGAAAAACCCAACAGCUUCUCAAUAGAAAAGAUAGUACAAUGCCAUUUUCAAUGUAUUACAUCACUAGUUUAGGUACAAGAUUCAUUUCCAAAUUCGACACUGAUAUUGACACAAAUCGCAGAGUAAAGUACAUGGAAGAAGUUACAGCUACGCUACAUUGCCUUCAGAAGUUUGGCGGUCGGCAUUCCUAUCUCAACAUUAAGUAUAUCAUCCCUGAUUAUACUAAAAUUGACUAG